GGUGUGUGAAGGCGCUCGUCACUCACGAAUGCACAAACGGGGAUCAGCCAUCACAUUCAUCGGGUCAGUCGCGUUUUCUCCGUUGGUCCACUCACUGCCUAAGCUACUCACUCAUGACUUCUGCACAUUCAUGGGGCCUACACCCGGGGGUUCGGCAGUGGGCUUGCCGUCGGCGUCAGCGACGCACACGGUGGCAUUGGCACAGUGGCUGGGCGUCUCUUCGAUCGCAAACGAGAUGCGCUCGGGCAGAGGGCCUGCACACCAGGGAGGGGAGGGACACUUAUUCGUGGGGGUGGCAGGUAGUCUUUCUCUUUGUUGUUGGCGCUGACUUGUCCUUGUGAAGACGCCGACGUUUUCUUUGAAGUACCACACUGUAGCAGCGUCGCGGGCUCCCUCGCUGAGGGCCUGACCAAAGCAGAACAGACAGGCCAUAGUGACUUCAUCCAUUUGAGUGUCUGUGUGACUGUUUCCUCCAUCCUUUAGCAUGCCCACCUCGUGCAGUUUAAACGACGUUGUGUUCUGCACGAGAGCCACCCACUCGGUCAUGUUGCGGCCAUUGAUGUGGCCUUGACCUGACACACACAACAUGCCAUGGCAGGCGCUCAUUCAAGGGUGGUCACAGACUGACUGACACAUUGAGAGGAUUGUGGCGACGUGUCGCACCUGGUUGGUCGGCCUGGCCCCAGCUCAUGACUAUGCCGUGUCUGGCGUGUCGCUGCAGAUUGUCUAGGAGGGUCUGUGUAGCGUGUGGUGGGAUGUGCUCCGCCACCUCCAGACACAUGACCCAGUCGAAGGCACGCGGCAGCUGGAAUGGCUCGAUGAGGUUGAGCGACUGGACGGCUCCGUCCGUGAUGGCUGCUAUGCUGUCGAUGCCGUCGAAUGCAUGGAUCUCUACCAAACCAGUCUCGCUCAACCUUAUCGAAAGAAAUGGGAUAGGAGACGCGCAUGGAUUGCAUGUGCGUGUGUGCGUAUGUGUGUAGGCGCGUACCACUGAGCCGCCUUUCCUCCCCCGGCGCCCAUGUCAGCAAUGACGGCGUCACGUGGAAACACCUUCCGCAACAGAUAGCGCAACAAACCUGACACACAUCACCAUAUCGUGGAGGCAUGAGCGGCAUCCAUCCCCCGCGACUCCUUCCUUCUCUCUUGGUUGGCACCUUUAUCGAGGCUCCAUCCAUCAAAUAUCGUCCUCUUGAGGGCCUCCCCAAGCGUGAAUGUACCGUCAGCAUUCGACGACUGCUGGUGCCACUGCUGCAGGGCAGCGACGUUAUCGUAUGUGUCCCUCCUAUAGCUCUCAUCCCCCGGCCGUGACGCCACCAGGUCCUUCUUGUGCUCGAGAUAGGUCUUGAGGUUGGCCACCUCCUGGGCCAUGGCGUGUGUGGCCAGGGAGAGCCAGUCUUGCAAAUGGAACAGGAGGACCUCCGGCCUGACGCCCUCCAUAAUGCUGUACAGCGUAAAGAACUCCCCAUCGCUGACCCCCUUGAGCGUCGCCAUGCCGACGAGCAGACGGAAUCGCGUCGUCAUGUCAAAGCACUCGGGGCGCCGGUUGAGGAGGGCCGCGUUGAGGUGGAAAAAGGUGGACAGGUGCAUGGACGACUGCGAGAAGACGUUGAGCAUCACCGUCACCUGGUGAUCCUGGUCGUCUUUGGACUCCUCCAUGACCGAUUUCGUCACGUUGUUCAGCAUGAAGUGCAGGUGCUCCAUCAGCCGAGAUCUUGACAGGUAUAGGAAUUCCACCAGCUGCACGCAGCUCAUGUUGGAGGUGCUCACAGCCGUGGCAUUAAAGUCCUCAAUGUGGCUGUUCACUCCCCCAUCCAUGUCUUCAAGCUUCUGGCAGUACGCCGACUUGAAGAUUUCGCGGUCCGGAGCUCCCCUGUCCGCUGGACUGACAUCCUGGGCACCAAACACCACCGGCAGGAUAAAGAUUGCGAUGACGUUGGUCCACAUCAGCACUGGCAGGCCUCUCCAAUUUACGUGCCCCAGGCCCCAAAUCUCAGAAUCUCGACUUCUUGCAUCUCCCUUCGCCUCCGAGUCAUCCGUCAUGUUGCCGUUCCCCCUUGCUGUCGCUAUCAGCGUCACUAUCACUUUCAU